AUGAUGUUCGGGGGUAUUCUGGGUAGGAUCGCAUACCUCGUAUGCCUCCUGCUUGCUCUGCAAGAGAGAGGUUUCGUUCGUGCAGAGGGAUUCACCUUCCCCACGUCCACCGAGUACGAGUUCAUCGUGGGGGACCUGGUCAAUGUGUCCUGGAACGUGGUGACAUCGCGUGUUUCUCUGUAUGAGGUGUGCAGCUCGGCGGUUGCCCUGGACAUGCCAGUAAACGUCACCAAUGAUUACAGCUAUGUCUGGAACGCGACCCGCGACAACUACCGAGAGUCUGGCUGCGCCUUUGAGCUCGAGCCACUGGACUACAACGGCGAUCCCAACCCCCCCAACCUCACCAGCGUCCUGUUUGGCGUUAGCAAGCGCUAUAGUGGUGACCCGGCACCAGUAUCUUACAACUUUUACGGCACAACCAGCACGACGACCAGCACCGCAACCGCGACGUCUUCUACCUCCUCCACUACCUCGACGGCGGUGGCCGAAACAUCAGCAGCGUCCUCCAUUGAUCCCGCGGUUGCCCGGAAAAGCGGUCUCACCGUUGCCCAGAAAGUCGGAAUUGGACUCGGGGUUCCUCUGGGCGUGCUAGCGAUCGCUGUACUCGGUGGGGCUCUCGCCUUGCUGUAUCGUCGUCGAUCGCGAAAGCAGAGGAACUCGGAACAUUAUCCAAAUACGGAUCAAGCGGCAUCUCCCAUGAUGGUCGAGGAAGCGAAAGUACCGUCAGAUCCUCGCAUGUCCAGGGCAGAAACCUUGAUCGCAGAGCUGCCCUCGCACUCUGAUCUGGGGGGUAUUGACGAGAUGGAGGAUAACCGGCCGAUCAGUGAGCUGAUGGGGACGCCUCGGAACGAGCUGCAUUGA